AUGACACCCUUCAGACCUUGGUUUAAUACCUACAAGGAUGUGGAUGGAGAAUUUGUGUACAUGGGAAACAAUGAAGCCUGCAAAAUCAAAGGGGUUAAUUUAGUAUCCUUAAAGCUAAAGUAUGGAUUAAUCAAGCUUCUCAGAAAUGUGAGACAUGUACCUUUACUCAAGAGAAAUUUGAUAUCUCUGGGUAUACUUGACACCAUUGGGUGUGAGUGCAGAGGAAAAGAUGGAAUCCUAGAGGUGAUUAAGGAUUCUAAGAUGGUUGGUGAAAAGGUCAAUGAUCUCUAUAUAGUAAGAGGAGUAAAGAUGAUGACUAGGAAAGCAACCAGACAAAGUUUCACAAAAUCUCAGCAUACCACCAAAGGAACAUUGGAUUAUGUUCAUUCUGACCUAUGGAGACCAUCUUCUACACCACGCCUUAGUGGCUCAAGUGAUAAUGGUAUAAAUAGUCAUAAAACUGUGAGGUAUACACCUCAACAGAAUGGGCUUGCUGAGAGGAUAAACAGAACUAUAAUGGAAAAGAAAACCUUAAGGUUUUUGGGUGUGGGGUUUGUUCACCAAAAUAAGGGAAAGUUGAAAGCCAGAGCAGUUAAGUGCAUGUUUGUAGGCUUCACAGAGGGUGUUAAAGGAUAUAAAAUGUGGCAUCCAGUAGAGAGGAAGUUUAUAAUUAGCAGAGACAUCACUUUUAGAGAAGAGAAGAUGUUUAUGGAAAAGGAGAAAAGACUUGAGGAUGAAGCUAAGUCAUCUACCACAGGAAUUAAGGUGGAGAUACCUACUGAGCAACCAAAAAAAUCUAACCUACCUAGUGACACAAGAGAAUUUGAGGAAGAUGAAGGGGAACAAGGGGAAAUUGUAAAUGAGCAGCCUGACUUGAGUCAGUAUGUCUUAGCUAGGGAUAGACAAACCAUUACCACUCCAGUUAGAUAUACUGAAAUGAACUAUAUGAAUUUGGUUUUAAAUGUUGUUGUGGCUCUUACUAACCAAGAACCAACAACCUUUGAAGAAGCAACAAGUUGUGUUGAUGCAAUGGAUUGGAUAGAAGCUAUGAAUGAGGAAAUGCAUUCACUAAAAUUGCCUCUAAAUGGGUUUUCAAACUUAAGGAAGCUGCAUCCUGUGAUCAGAAACCUAGGUAUAAGGCAAGGUUCCUACAAGGACAAGGUUUACCUUCUCAUAUAUGUGAAUGAUAUGUUAUUAGCAGGUUCCUACAAGGACAAGGUUUACCUUCUCAUAUAUGUGGAUGAUAUGUUAUUAGCAGCUAUCACUGCUUCAGUUGUAAUGUUAUCUCUUCCAUAUUUAAGUGCAAUUUUUACUUCCUAG